AUGAAUAACCCUCUCUCCCUGACCCUCGUCACUCUGAGUCCAAACACUUUAGGAAGAUGCGGAUCCUGCUCCAAAAAGGGUACAGAGGCUGUGGGUACAGAGGCUGUGGGUACAGAGGCUGUGGGUACAGAGGCUGUGGGUACAGAGGCUGAGGGUACAGAGGCUGAGGGUACAGAGGCUGUGGGUACAGAGGCUGAGGGUACAGAGGCUGUGGGUACAGAGGCUGAGGGUACAGAGGCUGAGGGUACAGAGGCUGUGGGUACAGAGGCUGAGGGUACAGAGGCUGUGGGUACAGAGGCUGUGGGUACAGAGGCUGUGGGUACAGAGGCUGAGGGUACAGAGGCUGAGGGUAUAGAGGCUGAGGGUAUAGAGGCUGUGGGUACAGAGGCUGAGGGUACAGAGGCUGUGGGUACAGAGGCUGUGGGUACAGAGGCUGAGGGUACAGAGGCUGUGGGUACAGAGGUUGUGGGUACAGAGGCUGAGGGUACAGAGGCUGAGGGUACAGAGGCUGUGGCUACAGAGUCUAUGGGUACAGAGGCUGUGGGUACAGGGGCUGUGGGUACAGAGGCUGAGGGUACAGAGGCUGAGGGUACAGAGGCUGAGGGUACAGAGGCUGUGGGUACAGAGGCUGUAGGUACAGAGGCUGUGGGUGCAGAGGCUGUGGGUACAGAGGCUGUGGGUACAGAGGCUGUGGGUACAGAGGCUGUGGGUACAGAGGCUGUGGGUACAGAGGCUGAGGGUACAGAGGCUGAGGGUACAGAGGCUGUGGGUACAGAGGCUGAGGGUACAGAGGCUGUGGGUACAGAGGCUGAGGGUACAGAGGCUGAGGGUACAGAGGCUGUGGGUACAGAGCCACCGUGCCGCCCGGAGGCUGAGGGUACAGAGGCUGUGGGUACAGAGGCUGUGGGUACAGAGGCUGUGGGUACAGAGGCUGAGGGUACAGAGGCUGAGGGUAUAGAGGCUGAGGGUACAGAGGCUGAGGGUACAGAGGCUGAGGGUAUAGAGGCUGUGGGUACAGAGGCUGAGGGUACAGAGGCUGUGGGUACAGAGGCUGUGGGUACAGAGGCUGAGGGUACAGAGGCUGUGGGUACAGAGGCUGAGGGUACAGAGGCUGAGGGUACAGAGGCUGUGGCUACAGAGUCUAUGGGUACAGAGGCUGUGGGUACAGGGGCUGUGGGUACAGAGGCUGUCGGUACAGAGGCUGUGGGUACAGAGGCUGAGGGUACAGAGGCUGUGGGUACAGAGGCUGUGGGUACAGAGGCUGAGGGUACAGAGGCUGUGGGUACAGAGGCUGAGGGUACAGAGGCUGUGGGUACAGAGGCUGUGGGUUGGUGGCUCUCGGGGGAAAACAGAGGUAAUUAA